GUUUGUCAUAAACUUGGGAACAUAUGAGAAAAAUUUAGCUCUUCACUUUAACCCUCGAUUUGACAGCUUGAAGACAAGAAGGUGAAUGACUCCUUGAACUAUGAAGGAUGAGCCUUGGGACAAGAUUGGUGAAACCUCCUUCUUUCCAGCCUUGGUCAGACACCAUUGUCUCCUUCAAGUUUGAGCUAGACAAGAUCACCAUACAAUUGCCUACAGGAAAUCCUUUCACAUUUCCAGUCCGCCUUCCCAUAGAGGUCAUCUCCUACUUGGCCAUGAUA